AUGGUCGCUCUGUCAGCACCGGCCGAAGGCCCUGGGCUGGCUGUGCGCCUGUGCGAGGCCUUGGGCGCGAGCACAGACUGUGGCUCCGAGUAUGGACAAUAUACGCUCGGCGCGACCAUCACUCAGGUAGCCGCAUUCGCCGACGUUGGCGGGUACGAUGGGCAGGCAAUAUGCGCGUAUUAUGCGGGAUUAUGUCCCAUCCCGGCGACGAGCCCACUGGACUUGACCUCGUGGUUCGCGAAACCGAAGCCCGACCCGCUACCAGCAGUUCGACAAGCAACUGGUGAGCGAUUGAAGGUACUGCACCUAUCCGACCUCCACAUCGAUCCCCGUGAGUCCAGCGAUGCUACAUGGUCGGAUCUGAAGCGAACUGCACUACUGGACUUUGCUGUCGCGCUGUAUCCCGGCUCCGUGGUUUGGGUCAUUCUUAUGCGACUCUCCGUUCUCGCUCGUGGCGGCAACGUUUCAGUCCAUUCCCGUGUUGACGGGAACGGAGGACUCGUCAUUCAAUUGGACGAUCUACACCGGCGACCUGCUUCGCACGACGCGUUCAACGAGCUGUCUAGUGCCAUGAGCUCUCCGUACAACAUCGGUGGCGGACUCGAUGGACAGUUCAACUGGUACAUCAGUCUGAUUCAGGGAUUACGGCACCUCGCAGCUUUGUGGGAACUCGAAGGGUGGAUUGGCCCGGAAACCGCGCAACAGGCCCGGACACACUAUGCCGCGUAUUCUGUACAACGCCAGGAUGGACUACGGAUCAUCACUCUGAACACUGAAUUCUGGUACACUCAGAAUGCAUACAACUACAUCAACCUGUCGUCCUCUGAUAACUCCGGGAUGCUCCGUUUCCUCACUGACGAGCUGCAAGCUGCUGAAGAUGCCGUGAUAGGGCCUGGAUAUUGGGCCACGUUCCCAGUGGUUACACCAAGGCGGAUCCGAUAUCCAACCCUACCAACCUAUGUACUUUACCAGAUUGUCGAUAGGUUCUCUCCGCAUGUCAUCGCAGGCAUCUUUUUUGGUCAUACCCACAUGGAUGAGCUGAACAUCUUCUACUCGAACAACGGGACCGAAACUACCGCUGGGAACGCGCUGGCAGUCGCAUGGCUGGGUCCCUCGGUCACGCCCUUGACCGACUUCAAUGCUGGUUUCCGUGUUUACGAGGUUGACGCCGGGACAUUCGAAGUACUUGAUUCAUACACGUGGUAUGCCGACGUGAGCAGCUUUCCUGGCCUUGAUGGGCAAGCAAGUCUUGGGCCGGAAUUCCAGUUCGAAUACAGUGCCAGGGACACCUACGGCGCUGCUGUCGCUAACUGGAGCCCGAACGACCCUCUGAAUGCCACCUGGUGGCAUCGAGUCACGGAAGUUCCAGCUGCCUUCCCGACGUCGCUCUAUCAAUCGUACUACAAUGACCCCACGGCGACUACGGCUCAACCGCAGCCUAUUAUCUCCGAUCCAGUGACGCAUGAAGUCUACCCGUACUGGCUGACGAACCCGGAGACCAUUCCGAAGAACGACACUUCGGAAGUGCAUGAGUUGCCACCGACAGCGUCGUCUUCACAGAUUGCGGAUGCGGCACUACAGCAGAUACUCGCACUUGCAACGAACCCCGUCUUCGGAAAUAACACAUGCUCACGCUGUCAGGCCGCUCUCGCGGUAGCGAAGAUGGUCGCGCUCUCCGCACCGGACGAGGGCCCUGGUCUCGCAGUGCGAGUGUGCGAGGCCCUCAGCGCGAGUGCUGACUGUGGCUCCGAAUAUGGGCAGUACAGUCUCGGUGCGACGUUCACUCAGGUAGUUGCAUUCGGGGACGUCGGUGGCUAUGACGGUCAGGCAUUAUGCGCGUAUUAUGCGGGAUUGUGUCCUAUCCCGCCGACGAGCCCGCUCAAUUUGACUGACUGGUUUGCGAAACCCAAACCGGACCCGCUCCCAGCCCCCAGACAAGCUACCGGCGAGCGGUUGAAGAUCCUGCACCUUUCCGACCUGCACAUCGAUCCACGUUACAUGGUCGGCGCUGAAGCGAACUGCACGAAUGGAUUAUGUUGCCGUGCUGGUGGCGUGGCUGCGUCCAACGCAUCCAGCAUUCCGGCUCCUUGGUUCGGUUCAUACUUGUGCGACUCUCCAUUCUCACUCAUCACCGCGACGCUCCAGGCUAUCUCGGUCCUAGCGGGAACUGAAGAUUCCCCCUUUGACUGGACGCUCUAUACUGGUGAUCUACUUGCUCAUGACGCGGACAAUGAGAUGUCUAGGGAGUACGAACUCUAUGCAGAGACCGUGGUGUACGACCUCAUCAAGCGCAUGCUCAACACGGGUCCUGUCUAUGCGGUCCUGGGAAAUCAUGAUACCUACAUGACGGACAUGAGCUCUCCUUACAGCAUGGGAGGCGCACUCAAGGGACAAUUCGAUUGGAAUUACGACCACCUCGCAGCCUUGUGGGAGCUCGAAGAGUGGAUCGGCCCAGACAGCGCACAGCAGGCUCGGACACACUAUGCCGCGUAUUCCGUGCAACGCCAGAACGGCCUGCGGAUGAUCACACUCAACACCGAAUUCUGGCACGUCAAAAACGCGUACAACUACAUCAACUUAACGUCCUCCGAUAACUCGGGCAUGCUCCGUUUCCUCACCGACGAGUUGCAAGAUGCUGAGGAUUCCGGUGAUCGCGUUUGGAUACUAGGCCACGUCCCCAGUGGCCACAAUACGUCGGAUCCGCUGGCCAACCCAACCAAUCUGUUCUACCAGAUAGUCGAUCGUUUCUCUCCGCAUGUAAUUGCAGGUAUCUUCUUUGGUCACACCCACAAGGAUGCGAUAAGCCUUUACUACUCGAACAACGGGACGGAUAUGAAUGUCGAGAACGCACUGGUAGCUGCAUGGCUGGGCCCGUCUGUUACGCCUUUGACCGGCCUCAACGCCGGAUUCCGCGUGUACGAGGUUGAUUCCGGGACAUUCGAAGUGCUCGACUCAUACACGUGGUAUGCCGACGUGAGCAGCUUUUCUGGGCUUGAUGAGCAGGCAGGUCUUGGGCCGGAAUUCCAGUUCGAAUAUAGCGCCAGGGAUACCUACGGCGCUGCUGUCCCGGGGUGGGGCUCUAACGACCCUUUGAAUGCCACUUGGUGGCAUCGUGUCACGGAAGCUAUGGAAGCAAACUCAACUCUGGUGGAGACGUACGCCAAUCUGACGUCCAAACGCUCUGUCAUGAGUGCCGCCUGCACCGGGAGCUGCUUGAACCAGACCAUAUGCUCCAUCCGUAGCGGCAGCGUCAGUCUAUUGAUUGAGAACUGUUCGUAA